UCACUUCUUCCCGAUAUUACGAAUCCAUUUGACAAUAGGUCGCUUUGGCGUAAUAAUAAUAAUAAUGGAAAAAUACCGUAGAGUAUAAGCACAAUGGCAGUAAUUUGGUAUUUACUCGGAAGAUAGAGCAUAACAAAUGCGAUUCUUCAUGUCCGAUCGCUUGAACUUUUCUUCUGGAAAUAAAAAGACCAUGUAGCGUUCUAGUUCAGUAAAAACGGGUUUUAAGUGCCAUUUAAUAAGGUCCGGUUGUGGAGGAGGUGGUGUGCGAAAAGGACUCCUUCCGAAUAUGUGUACUUAUUAAAUAUAAAAUUAAAUAAAUAAAAUACCACAGUUCAGCCCACACCAGAGAAAAAUGUUCUUGAUGGAAAGCUUUUUUACAAGGAUAUCCGAAGAUUUCCGACAAAGGGAGCUGCUUCCUUUGAAGCUUCUCUUUUUCGUCCAUUCAUCGACUAUGUACGUCUUAUACCCGUACUUGACCAUACAUAUGAGAGAACUUGGCAUCAACAUAGAAGAGACAGCGAUAAUGGCUGCCGUAACGCCGAUCGUAGCGAUCGUUAUGCCACCCAUCGCAGGCAUGGUCGCCGAUAGAAUUGGCAAUUUUAAGAUACUCCUCUCUCUAUUUAGCGGGCUUGGUGGUGCGGCAUCCCUCCUUUUACUGCUUGUUCCAGUCGGGAGGAUAACGAUAUCCUACCCGAACAGCACUGUCAUGGAACUCGACAGUAUACAAGGAGAAAUCGACUUAAGAAUAGCUCAAACUAUCCCCUGUGACCGGGUACUCAAUGCAACCAUUCCGGUACAGAUGAGAGUCGAAGCUUGUGGACUAAUUUGCACAAGAUCGCCGGAAGAUUUUAUUCCCUAUGAUAAGGGGCCUCAAACGGUUAAAGAAGAAAAUUCUGCUAUCUUGAGAACCAGAAACUAUACAAUUUAUAUUGUUACACCUGGAAAUGGUACUGAUUCAUAUCAGUACAACCUUGGACCUGGUGAUCUCCCAUUGUACAAAGCCAGGGUCAACAAUGAUGUUCGAAAUUUGAAAAAAAUGUUCAACAAAGGGCAUUUUUCAACUUCGGUUCGUCAGCUCACACCGACAAAGUAUUUUUUCCCUGCAUCCGGCCUCUAUUCUUUCGAUUGCUCAGUCCAAGACAAAAACGCAGAUUGUAUGAUUAAACUUGAAAAAGGCAAAGAAUCUUUAAAAAUACUAUCAGCUGAAUCGAAAACUUUCUCCGUUAAACUGAAUAAUUCUCAACGUGAUGAUAAGUUGUUCAGUAAGUUUUGGGUGAAUGAGAUGAGGCCGACGUUCGGCAAUGUUUCCAGCUGGACGUUUAUGGAGCUACUUGGAUCUUCAGAUAACAAAGAAGUCUCAGCAACGGUUGAUGUUCCAUUACCGAACAAAGACAAUGGACUUGAUGUUGAUGCAGUUCUUCAUUUAACAAAAUGUUCACGAAAAUGUUUAGCAACAAUCCCUAGACGGAGCAUAUGUCUGAACAAGGAAACCGUGGUGGAAUAUGACACAAAACUCACAUUCUGGUUGUACCUCACAAUAAGGGUUUUCAUCGGUAUGAUCAGUGGAACUGCUUUUGCCAUGUUUGAAGGAGCUGUCAUUGCCAUAUUAAGAGAGCAUAAAGCAGAUUAUGGUUUGCAAAGAAUUUACGCAACAAUUGGAGGAAUGAUAAGCUCUCCGCUUUCAGGCUGGCUUAUUGAUACUGCAAGUAGUGACAAGUUGUACACUGACUUUACUCCAGCGUUUUACCUGUACGCAGCUAUGAAAAUUGUUAGCGCUCUUCUCAUGAUGACAAUCAAUCUACAGUUCAAAUCACCAGCUACAAAUGUUCUAGCUGAUGUACUGAUUGUAUUAAAGAAAGUUGAAAUUGUAGCACUCUUCAUUACUUGUUUUAUUUUAGGGACUGCAUGGGGUUACAUAGAAAGUUUUUUAUUCUGGUUGUUGCAAGACCUUGGCGCCUCUAGAUCUCUGAUGGGAAUUACAAUAACAGUCGGAGGAAUCGCUGGAUUGCCUCUGCUGGUAAUGUCAGGACCGAUUAUUGAUAAAAUUGGCCAUGCGAAUGUUUUAUUUAUUGGAUUUAUUUUUUAUGCGAUUAGACUUCUUGGCUACUCUUUGAUAUACAAUCCCUGGAUGUGUUUAAUCUUUGAAGCUAUGGAGUCUGUCACCUCUUCACUGGCAUUCACGGCUGCUGUAACAUAUGCGGCUAAAUUAUCAACUAUGACGACCGAUUCAAGCAUCCAGGGACUUCUAGGCGGACUUUAUUUUGGUGUUGGUAAAGGUGCUGGAAGUUUGAUUGGAGGGUACUUAAUGGAAGGAGUAGGCACAAGGCCGACGUACCAAAUUUUUUCAGCUGUCACACUCAUCACUGGCUGUAUUUACUUUUUGUUCAAUCAUUUCUUUAUUUCUCAUCACUCGGACGAGGCAAAGGAAAAAAGGGCAAAGGAGCAGGAAGCACAACAGGAAAAAGAGCCCAAUAAAGAUAACAAAAACAACAACACGAAUCAAAAGAAAAACGGCGAUGAAACUGUUUCGAUGAGUGCUGUUUCAAACAACCUCAAUAGCAACGACAUCAGAAACAAUAUUCCAAACAAAAAUAGUAAUAAGAAUGUCGAUGUUGAAAACGGUAAGAUAAACAAAGGAUUUGAAACAAGUGAAGAAAAAAUUAAUACAGUUUUGGAAAAUAGGUAAUACAACAAUAUCGUUACAUAUAUAAUUUUAAUUUGACAUUUAUGUCUUGCCUGUAAAUACUCUCACGAUCAAAAAUGUACAUUUUAGAAGUUUCAUGAUCAUGUAACCCUCAGUGGCCUGACUGUGAUUAAUUUGAUUAAUUUUAGGAAAAAUUAUUAGACGAAUCAAAUCUUGUAUGUAAAUGUCUGUAAUUGUUCUUGUUGGAUUUUACUUAUCAUCAAUGUAGUUGUUACAUUAGCUGUUUCUUCUAAUCAUGUGAAAAUAAAAUAAUAAUAAUUUACUUAUUUUUCAUUUGUGUGUUUGUAACAAAUGUAGAGAAUCUGUAUGUAAGUACAAAAGUGAAAUUUAUAAACUGAAAUUAAUGUACAAACUUAUUGCCUUGGCUGUAUGUUUUAGGCAGACUAUUUUUAAUUUGGUUCCAAUGUAUAAACAUUGUUCCUUUUUUUAAAGA